AUGGCUUCUCUUUCACAGCCUGAUGCUAUACAUGACGCUGUUUCUCAACUUGACAGCAGUGGAGUCACAUUUUCCAUCGAGGUAUUUGUGUUUUAAAAUGAAAGAACUUUCAGUUUGUGGGCAGUGUCUCAGUGAAGAUCUCUUUGAAUUCAGAAAAAUCUGACAGGCGGGAUAGUAUAGGUGAAGCCUGUAUUACCUUAGUCGCAAGUAGAGCACAUAAAAUUAAGGAUGCGCAAGAAAUCAUGGUGAGAUUGAAAAACAUAAAUAUUUAACGUUUAGAAUGUGGGCGAUGUUUUGGGGGAUCUAGCCAUAAUUAAAACUGAAGUUGAUCUCAACGUGACCCAUAAAUCCCUGCUGAUAAUCGAUUCAAAUGGUAACCUGCCAAGGGUAUUGCAUCGACUAGAGAUUCAAGACAUUUCAUUGGUUUUUCCAGGGCAAAAUGUAGGUAUACCAAUGAGAAAAACUUGAAGAUGUUUAAGAACAUGGAUGAAUACUUCUGUUUUUUCGCCAAAUGUAUGAAUCAAAACAUCGAGGAGAGGAAAUGCUUCGUAUUUUAUGCGGGAAAAGAGAAGGCGGAUGUCUGUCGACUUCUUUACAUCGCCUUCGAGACUGCCGGAAGAAGAAGAUGUUCACAUUCCAAGAGUUUAACGCCUUCUACAGGGAUUUCGGCAAGAGAGGGUCCAAGUUCUUCGUUUGGUCCAGCACAUUCUCACAGAAGAGAAAGAGAUCCCAGGAAUAAUGAUACUCAUUCAAGUGAAAUAAGUACGGCUUCACAGUUAAUUCAGGGGAUAGUUGUAGACGAGAAAGAGAAUUUCCGCAACUUAACCCAGAACCUCGAAAGGGAAUUUUGGUAUCAUGGGCUGAUGAACCGGGAAAUGGCGGAAACAAAAGUUGUCAGAGAUAAUCAAUUUCUAGUCAGGAAAAGUCAGAACAAACCAAACCAAGUGAUCCUAACGGGAAUGCAGGGAUCUCAGGUCAAACAUAUCUGUCUGAUUGAUGCCACGGGGAAGGUUGGUUAUCUUGUUCCUAUUUAAUACAAUUAUUUUUGCAGCUUCGAACCACAGAAAGGGAGUUCAAGUCAGUCUCCGAAUUGAUUCGAUACUAUCAAACAUCCAUGAUGCCUUUGUCUGGGGAUCAUCAAAGCGAAUUAAUAUUGGGAGAGCCCGUUCGUCGGACUUUCUUUUAA